CUCACGUUCAUGGGGGGGCGGGCCUUACUAAGAAAACGAUAAGGUCAUUUGAAUUACGGUGAAGGGAUCGCGUUAUCUGGUACAAUGAAUCAAAAAUUGAUAUAGGGGAUGACAAUACGCGGAUGCUGCGUAUAGGGACAAAGUCUAACCGCGGGGGGGACCGGAAGAAUUUACAUUUUGAUCUCGUCGGCGGGAGGCUCGCGUGUUGUGCGCGUUUCUGUCCAGCAGCGAGAGUCAGCGAGCAGAAGAGUAGCGGCGGAGGCGCGGCGGACGAGGCCAGCAGAUAAGCCGAUCAAGGUGCUCUCCCGCUACACGACCAGCUCCACGUCGGAUAUUUAAAGUGCUGCUAGAUAGUGGGCGCAAUACAAGGAUGCUGCAUCUCGCGUGUUGCGCGGCCCUACUGCUGUCGCUGAGGCUGGUGGUGGGCUUCCCCUGGCUUCAGGUGGUCCCGGCCACCCUCAUCUUCUACCUGGGCUCAGGGGGAUGGAGCUCCCUGCGGAUAUUUGCCAAAACCAUCAGCCGAGACCUCCAUGCGGCGUUCGUCCUGCUGCAGGUGAAGCUCAACGUCCGGCGUCACCUCAAAGAGAAGAACACCAUCCCCAAGAUCUUCGCCGAGACCGUACAGCGCUUCGGCGACAAGACGGCGCUCAUCUUCGAGGGCAGCGGGGAGAAGUGGAGCUUCAGGCAGCUGGAUGAGUACUCCAACCGGGUGGCCAACCUGCUCCUCCAGCGGGGGUUCAAGGAUGGCGACGUGGUGGCCCUGUUCAUGGAGAACCGGCCCCAGUACGUGGGCCUGUGGCUGGGCAUGGCCAAGAUCGGCGUGGAGGCCGCCCUCAUCAACUUCAACCUGAGGCUGGAGGCCCUGGUGCACUGCGUCGGCAUCUCCAACGCCAAGGCCGUGGUGUUCGGCUCGGAGCUCACCAGUGCGAUGUGUGAGGUCCACGCGUCCAUGGAGAGCACGGUCCAAAUGUUCUGCUCCGGGGACUGGGACCCCCAGCAGGUCCCCCAGGGGACAGAGUGCCUAGAACCCUUACUGGAGGCGGCCAAGACCCACCUGCCCAGCCGGCCUGACCGCUGUUUCACAGACCGCUUGUUCUACAUCUACACGUCAGGAACCACAGGGAUGCCUAAAGCCGCCAUCGUGGUCCAUAGCAGGUACUAUCGCAUGGCUGCCCUGGUGUAUUACGGCUUCAGAAUGAGAUCCGACGAUGUUAUGUAUGACUGCCUCCCGCUGUACCACUCUGCAGGUAACAUCGUGGGCGUGGGCCAGUGCAUCAUCCACGGGAUGACCGUCGUCAUCAAGAAGAAGUUCUCCGCCUCGCGCUUCUGGGACGACUGCGUGAAGUACAACUGUACGAUCGUCCAGUACAUCGGGGAGAUCUGCCGCUACCUGCUGAACCAGCCCCUGCGGGACACGGAGCGGCAGCACAGCGUGCGCAUGGCGCUGGGCAACGGCCUGCGCACGUCCAUCUGGGAGGAGUUCACGGGCCGCUUCAACAUCCCGCAGGUCGCCGAGUUCUACGGCGCCACCGAGUGCAACUGCAGCCUGGGCAACUUCGACAACAAGACGGGAGCGUGUGGCUUCAACAGCCAGAUCCUGCCUUACUUCUACCCCAUCAGACUGGUGAAGGUGGACGAGGAGAGCAUGGAGCUCAUCAGAGGGCCUGACGGAGUCUGUAUACCCUGUAAACCAGGUGAGCCUGGCCAGUUGGUUGGCCGGAUCAUUCAGAACGACCCCCUGCGGAGGUUCGACGGCUACGUCAACCAAUCAGCAACCAGCAAGAAGAUUGCCAACAGUGUCUUUGAGAAGGGAGACACCGCCUAUUUGUCUGGCGACGUCCUGAUCAUGGACGAGUGUGGCUACAUGUACUUCAAGGACCGCACGGGGGACACGUUCCGCUGGAAGGGGGAGAACGUGUCCACCACCGAGGUGGAGGGCACACUGAGCCGACUGCUGGACAUGAAGGACGUGGUGGUCUACGGCGUGGAGGUACCAGGGGCAGAGGGGAAAGGCGGCAUGGCGGCCAUCGCUGACCCCUCCCAUACCUGUGACCUUGAGAAGUUUGGGAAGGACAUGGAGAAGGUUCUACCUCCCUACGCCCGGCCCGUCUUCCUCCGCCUUCUCGCACAAGUCGACAAGACCGGUACCUACAAGUUCCAGAAGACAGAGAUGCGUCGCGAGGGCUUCAACCCCCGGGAGGUGACAGACAAGCUGUACUUUCUGGAGCCCAGCAGGGGGCGCUAUGUGGAGCUUAGCGAGGAGCUGUACAGCUCCAUCCUCGCCGGCAAACAGAAGUUGUGACCGCAGGGACGCCGACACUACACACACUCGCACACACACAGCUGCCCACACACAGACAUUACCCCAGGGAAGAUGAAAACUCUGAGACCAGGAUAGCGGGGGUCAACUGACAACACAUUUGCCCACUAUAAGGAAACGCCUAGAACAUAGGAUCCCCCCACUUUCCCUCAUCGUCUCGAUGGAGACCGCCGUCGUACA